AUGGGCGCAAUUAUGGAUAAUUCGGACGCUUCUACUCCCUUGAUAAAUUCGGAUUCUGAUACCAAAACUAUUAAAUCAUCCGGCUUUCGUUGGAUGGUCCUUCUGGGAUUGUCGUCUCAGAAUAUAUUCAGUGGAAUACUGUGGAUUUCGCUCGCACCUAUUGCCAAUCAUGCAAUUUCAUAUUACAACAUGACUGCGUACAGCCUGAACGCCAUAAACCUUAUAUUUCCUCUCACAACGGUCCUGUUAGGCCUUGCAACAGCUGCCCUUAUUAACAUUUUUGGGGUCCGGCUUGUGCUUGGCACAGGCAUCCUCUGCAACCUUACCUGCGCGUUUAUCCGGCUGUGUUCGACUUGGUUGACCCAAUCCUUUUCAAGGUUUGUGCUCUUAGUCGUUGCUCAGGUUAUUGCUUCGAUCGCUCAACCCUUCUGUUUGUUCGCUCCAACUAAACUUGCUCUCGUAUGGUUUCCCGACACUCAAAGAACGACAGCGACAACAAUUGCCUCUUUAGCUAAUUCCCUUGGAGUACUCAUCGGAAGUGCCUACCCUCCUUUACUUGUUAAACAGCCGAAUAUUGAGCACCGUCGACGACUAGAACACGGAAGCCGUUAUGUGGGCUUUCAGUUGACGUGCUUUCUAAAAAUUUCUCUAAUCGUGGGCAAGACAGGAUCUAUACUGUACGGAAUAAAGGUGUGUUUUGCCCUGGCAGCCCUUGGUGCUAUCGGCUUUUCCGUGACCGUGUAUUUUCCUGAUUGCGCUGUUCUCAUCGGCUUCUUCGUGGCCUGUUUUGGAGGUUUUGGCUUUUCUAUCUACGGCCUUUCGCUUGAAAUGGCUGCCGAAGCCACCUAUCCUGUGCCUGAAAUGGUUACUACCGGAUUAUUGCUCAUUCUGAGUCAACUUCUCAGUAUUAUUUUGAUAAUGAUCAUGCAGAUUUUCGCGCCUGUCAUUCGGGACUCUCCCCUACAAACUUGCGGACCCGAUGUUCUUGUGAAGGCAAGUCAUUUUAAACUUCAGAUGCAGUGA